ACGCAAAAUGACUUCAUAUCAGAGUAUCUCGCUCACCGAGAUGCGUAUCUAGAUGUCAUCUUGGACUCAGAGAAAUUUGCCACCACAGGCAUCUGUGAGACUUGCCAAUGCGAAGAUAGUUCCUUCCGUUGCACAACUUGCACUGGCGACCACAGCUGGUGUCGCCCUUGCCUCCUCGAAUCACAUCAGUCAUUGCCUUUCCACAAAAUCCAAUUUUGGAAUGGCAAGUGCUUUGAAGACGUCACUCUUUCUGCCCAAGGAUUUAUAUGGCACAUGGGCCAUGGUGGAAAGUCUUGCCCUUGCUACGGAGUUGGACAAAGUCACCUUGAUCAAGAUUCUUCUGUGAUUAUUGUACAUUCUUCUGGGGUGUUCACACACAAUGUGUUGUGGUGUCGGUGUCCAGGAUCACAUCACGAACAUCACCUGCAGCUGCUCCAAGCAGGACUAUUUCCCGCCAGUAUCACACGCCCUAGGACUGCGUUCACCUUCGAAGUACUGGAUCAUUAUCUCAUUGAUGCCUUGGAAUGCAAGACUUCGGCAAUGAGCUUCUUUGAGAAAAUCCGACGGCUGACAAAUAAUGCUUUUCCGGAUGCUGUCCCGGAUCGAUAUCAUGAACUCAUGAGAGUGUCUCGACUCUGGCGCGACUUGAAGAACCGUAAAUGGUUUGGAUUUGGCCAUGACAUGGAAGCACCCCCUAGUGCAGGAGAUCUUGCUCUAUUUUGCCCUUCUUGUCCGCAGCCAGGAAUCAAUAUGCCUCUUAUUUGGGAGCAGAAGUGGCUUGUUAUGAGAAGAUUUGUGGUAGAUGGAAACUUUACCGCUCAGCACAUGAACAUGCGACAGCCUCAGCUUGACGUCUUCCUCUCAGAUGGUUUAGGUUAUAUGGUAACAGACGGAGAUUACCAAGCUCACUUGGCUUCAGCUAUGGAGAGUAAAGAGCGAUCCUCGUGUAGCAACCAUCGGGCCGUCAAUGCAGCAAACACAAACAGAAGCAACCUCCGAGCUACAGGGGUCGGUGCCACUGCUUGUGCUCGGCAUGGAUGUUUUGUUCCCCACUGCAUAGUGGACUUUCAGAAGGGUGAACGGCAAGUUUUCUUUCAUUUACUCAAUCUAGAUUAUUCCAUUUGCAAUGCCAUUAAGCAUGCUGCUGGCAACAUUGACAACUCCCUGAUCAUCUAUGAUGUGGGGUGCCAGUGGAGCCUUAACUUCACUCAACGUGUUGACAACUGCCCUGGCUUGGCACUCCCAGACAACACCGAGAUUGUGGCCACAGUGGGGAAAUUUCACUUGAGCGCUCAUAAACUUGCCUGUUUUGCUAGAUACAGCUUAAACUUCAUUCAAGGAGCUGGGCAAGUUGACGGGGAAAUUCUGGAGACACUUUGGGCUCCCUUUAACAAGAUAUCUCCCACAGCACGUUCUAUGAGCCAAGCACACCGUCAAGAAAUUCUUGAUGAUCAUAUGCGUAACUCAAAUUGGAAAAAACUUGUCAGAAUAGGUAAAAAGUACAAACGGGCCAACAAGGGCAUUGAAGACACUAGGGUGCCAUUUGAAGAGCUUACAGGAUCUUUGGAUGUCAUCAAAGUGAGGGCGUGGGAAAAAGACGAGGAGAAGGCAAAGGAAGAACGUGGAGAACAUCUCAACAUUUACCAGCUAAAGAUAGAUAAAGCACCAACAAUGGCAGAAAUACGGCUAAAAUUAACUGAAUCAGAAUAUGCUGAUACAGGGAGGUUGGGAUCAAUUUCUUGGCUCAUUGACGGCAUCAAUAUAGAGGAUUCACAGGAUGCACUCAGGGUAGCUAUUCGGCAGCUUCCCAAAGAUGCGUCUGCAGUUCAAAGGGCUGCAGUUCAAGUGAAACGACAAAAACUGGCUGCACGUAUUUCGAAAUUUCAUGAAAUUGCUGAUGCUAUGACAGAGGGCAUCGAAGUCCAUGCAGGUACUGAGCACAUGGAUGACAUCAGAUUUUGCACUACAGAUGUGGUGGAGGAAGUGCGGGAGGCUGCAGAUAUUGAAGACGUGUUGGAAGAGAUUGAUGAGGAAGUUCCUGCAGAAGCCAUGGGCAUUUGGAUGCCAUCUUCAGUGCUCCGAAAUGAGGCUUUAGCCCUGGGCUUGCACACUCUGCAAGCUGAAGAACUGGAGUUACGAAAGGGUCAAGCAAAUGAUUGCUUGGAAAAGUUACGGCAGGCUCUCGGUCAUAAAGCGAUAAUUUACCGUCAACAUUUCCGAAGUGCAGAUUCCACAUGGACAGGAACCAGGUCAAAGCAGGAGGCUCUACGAUGUCGUAUCAAAAUAGAGAAGUGUGUCCGAAGGUAUCAAAGGGCAAGGGGUUCGAUGCAGAGACUAGGGGCUGAUGAAGAUACUCUGAGGACGAUUUAUCAAGACAUUCAGCCACACCAGCUCAGUGUGGACAAGGAAGUGACGGAAGAGAACAGAUAUGGGCAGGGAUCAGACAGACUGGCUUGGUUUUGGAGAGUCAACAACGGUCAUGAUUCGCAGGAAGAUGUGUGGAUGGAUGAAUUCUACAGGGUAAAUUGGUUGAAAGCUAAGGCUAGAUGGCAAAGGUGGGAGGAGGAGUUGAGAUUGGUCCAACACGAAAUGGGUUGGACAGUGAGUUGGUUUAAAUACAGGAUGGAAGAAUGGGACCAAAGAUACCGACAAGCUACAAAGCCUGGUCAUCAAGCUUAUGCACAUCGACAGGUGCUCUUGUGGGGAAGAUUUGCAUUGGAUGCUGAAAAUUCAUUCAAAGACAAGAUGAUUGUAGUCGUUUAA